AUGUCGACAAGAGCAACAAGAUCGAGGGCUGCUAAAAGUGGCGAAGAAGCUCAAAAACUCGUCAAGGACUAUUUUAAGGUAUUUAUCAAUUUUUCUUUUCCAUAAAGUUUGAGUUAUUUUUCAGACAACACGAAAACCAAGAACCAGGGGUGAGAAAAAAUUUGAUCGAUGAAACUCCAAAAAUUGUCAAAAAUGAAGAAACACAGUCAAGAACUAGAAAUCGUACUCCAACUCGACAAGCUCUUCCACAAGAUUUGUCUGGAACUCCACCUAAAAGAGCAAGAGAGGUUAGUUUUUUUUUGAUACUUUGGUUUAAAGUAUGCAAAUUGUUCAAUUAAGGAACCUGCUCCAGUACUCGAGGAAAAAGAAAAAUCAAUAGUUUUGGAUAAUGGAACAGUUUCAGCCUUGGAUAGUUUGAUGAAUGCGGCGGCUGCUCAGAAAAAGAAGAAAACUAUUCGAACUGUUGCUGAUUUGCAAGCAAGACUUGCUGAAAAAGGAGCUUCAAAAGCAAUUCAUGAGCAAAAUUUGAAGAAUAAAGGAAAAAAGGUAAUUAUUCGGAUAAAGAAACUAGUUUCAAUAUUUUUUUAAAUUAAAGGUCGAAGAACAUGCUGAAGUAUUGAAGUCGCCAGUGAAAAAAGUGAUUUCGGAUGGACCGAUUCCCAAAUCAAAAGCUGUUAGAAGUCUGUUGAAAGACACCGCUGUUCCAGAUUAUGUUUUACCAAAUGCGAAUUCUUUCAAAUCUCCAGAGAAAUUAUUAGAAGAAGCUGACAGUAAAUUCGAAGCAGAAGCAAAAAAGAGAACCGAAGAGUUUUUGAAAACUUCGAAGCUUAUUGAGAAAGUAAAGGAAAGUGUGAAAUCGAAUAUCGAACUUCCAAAAAGUUAUGAGUUUUUGGCAAACGCAUUUCAACAUGUUGAUAGAGUAAGCAAAUGUUUUUUUUUAAAUUCUUGUCAUGUGUGUUUUUAUUCAGAUAGUUUCAAUCAUCAACAGUCAACAUAGAAGUUGUGUUGCACCUGAAUUAUUCAAAAAUAUCAAAAACACACUUCAAAGGGAUUUUUGUUCUCGCCAUUUAUCACAAAUUCUUCAUGUUUAUCCACAAUCUUAUCAAGUUGAAAUGAGAGAACAAUGGAAAGCUUUUGGCGGUGUUCAAGCUGGAAAAUAUGAACUCGAAGUUCGCCCAAAUCUUGUCGAUGAUCUAAAAGGUUUUAUUAAACAAGAAAUACAUUCGACAACAAAUGAUGAAGAAAUUCCACUUGUAAAACCCGGAAAAUUAAUGGCAUCUCCUAUUAAAAGCCCAAGAAAAAAUAUGGCUCAACCAGCAUUGAGAAAAGCUGAAAUUGAUGGAAGAAUUCGAUUAGAUGCUGCAAGAAUGAGAGAUCGAUCACAUAUUUUCCGACAUAAAUUAACUGAAGUUGUCAGAAAUCAUCAUUGUCAAUUUUUGAAAUCUCAAGGAAGUAAGUGAAUGUUUUCAUAUAGCGUGUAAAAUAAUAUAUACUUUGUUUUUUUCAGUUGAACCAUCUGAUGAUAUAAUUCGUUUUCAUCCACUUUUCCAAGCUGACAAGCAUUGUCCUCCUCUCGAACAAAAACCAUUACCAGAACCUCCAAUUGUUAAAAAUAAUAAACAUAUUGGAAUGCGUGAAUAUAUGGAUGCAAAUCUUGAACCAAAAGAAGUCGAAUUGCCAUCAAUUGUACAAAAAGCUCUCGAUGAUCUAAAAUCUCCUGUCAAAAAAGUAACAUCUGGUUCAGUUCCACUUUCACCCAAAAAAUUCGCCGAAAUGCAAGCAGAACAAAAAAGUAAAGGAGCAAUGUCUUUGUUGGAAAGAAUACGAGCAAGAGAAGCGUGUAAAAAGGCGGCUGAAAAUUGUAUCGAUGAGAAUUUGAAAAUCAGAAAAUCUCGAUUAUCUCUUUUGGAUUCUCGUUAUUUGCGAACACUUUGCAGUCUUUAUGCAGCCAAAAAAGCUCAAUCAAUGGAACUUGAUAUUGUUGCUGAUAAACUUGUUUUCAGUUCAACAAUUCCAACUUCAAGACGUAAGUUUUCACAAUUUCAAAAUUCAAUAAAAAAACAAUCUAUUUCUUAUUUUAGUUGAUGUUAUAACUCAUCUCGAACUUCUUUGUUCAAUUGCACCUGCUUAUAUGUCAGAAGCAACAGUAAUGAAUAAAAGAUAUCUUCGAAUAACUGACAAUAAUUAUGAUGCAAUUGCUGAAAUAGUUCGCGAACAAUUAUCAUCGGCAAAAUCAGCAACAGAACAACAAGCGAAACAAAUUGAAAUUGCUCAAAAAGCAGCAAUGAUGAAUUCGUCUUCAAAUCAACACCAACAAAAACAACUUGCACCUCGUCCAUUUUCGCCAAAAGCUAGUAAAGCGGCAAGAUCUCUCAAGUUUAUGUGA